AUGGCGUCCUCCACUUUAGUCUUGGUGUCCCUGCUAAUGCUGGCAGCGGGGCGGCAGAGUGUGGCCCCCCAUCCCUUACUCGUCUUUCUCAUUGACGGCUUCCGUUAUGACUACAUGGACCACCUGGACUCACUACCUGGAUUUAAAGAGCUGGUUUCCAGGGGCGUGAAAGUGGACUACAUGACGCCGGAUUUCCCCAGUUUAUCCUACCCCAACUACUACUCAUUAAUGACAGGCCGCCACUGUGAAGUUCAUCAGAUGAUCGGAAACUACAUGUGGGAAGAAUCUUCUGGGAAAGAGUUUCUGAUUGGAACCAAUCCUGACAGCAGAUUGCCUCUUUGGUGGAACGGAUCAGAACCAUUAUGGGUCACUUUACAGAAACUUGGAAAAAAAGUUUUCAUGUACUACUGGCCAGGCUGUGAGGCUGAGAUUCUGGGGGUUCGGCCAACCUUCUGUGAAGAGUAUGUCUACAAUCCAUCAAUUCAGAACUUCACCGAUUCCAUUGAAGAGUCUCUCAACUUACUCCGGUCAGGCGAUGCAGACAUGGCAGCGAUAUAUUACGAGAAUAUCGACGUGGAGGGACACCACUUUGGCCCAGACUCCCCUCAGAUCCAAAUAGCGGUACAACAACUGGACUCGGCCAUGCAGGCGCUCAACAACAAAAUCAAAGAGAAGAAUAUGCUGACUCAGAUCAACAUUGUGCUGUUUUCAGACCACGGUAUGACAAAAAUCGAUUGGAUGCAGAAAGUCAUUGAGCUGGACAAGUAUAUCAACAUGUCGGAUGUUGUCAAGAUGAUGGAUAAAGGAACAGUUGUCAGUCUGUGGGUCAAAGGAGAGAAGAUUCAACAGGUCCAUUCUGCUUUGUCCAAAAUCCCUAACAUGCGAGCCUAUGCCAGAGAGGAGAUCCCGGAACGCUUCCAUUACAAAGGAGGAAAGUUCGUUUCCCCGCUGACGCUGGUGGCAGAGCCAGGCUGGUUCAUCGUCCAGAAUCGGUCUCAACUCCCAUACUGGAAAAAUGACUCCAGUGUGCAACCCUUGGCAUGGCAAAAUGGCUGGCAUGGUUACGACAAUGAAUUCCUCGACAUGGGUGGCUUUUUCCUAGCUGCAGGACCUGACUUCAAGCAGAAUCUUCAGGCUGCACCUAUUCGAGCCGUGGACAUCUAUAACGUAUUGUGUCGGACACUGGGAGUAGAACCUCUACCAAAUAAUGGGUCCUGGUCUCGGGUGAGGGAUCUCCUGAACAGUUCUGGUGGUCUGCACGUGUGUGUAACCCAGUGGACCUGCUGGAUGGCUUUGUUAGGAAGCCUUUUGGCACUGUGGCAAUGAAAGAUCAUCAAAUCAUUCAAAUCAGGAACACAAAACCAUGAAUCUUGAGUGUUUUUUGGGUUUACUUUUUAUUAUACUGUGAUUUCCAACGGUGCUUUAUAUAAGAAUAUUUUAUAUGAGAUAUAAGAAAAGCUGGAUGUUUUGUUUUUAAUCGACAGACCUCAGAUUUCAAAGAGAAAAAAACAACACACAGAGCCAUAAGGUUGGUAAAUAUAGAUGUGUUUGAUUAGAUUAUUUUUUAUUCAAAGUGAAAUGUGUCUUCUUUGAAACUUUGUAAGAACUUAAGAGGACAUUUUGGCUGAGUUGUACUUACAUACAGUAUCAAUGCAACAAGUGUAAUCACGAUAUUGAAUUCAGCUCUGUAUGUCUUUGUUUGGAGUUGUAAUAUACUGUACAUUUCCAUAAAUAAAUUGGCUUUAAUU